CCUGUGCCGCUCGCUCCGUUUCCGUGUUUGUGCUGCUCCGGUCGAAGAGAAGCUGAGCAGAUCCGCGAUGUCUCACCAAACCGGCAUCCAAGCCACGGCUGAAGUGAAGGACGUAUUUGCGAAGGCACGAAACGGAGAGUAUCGUCUGAUUAAAGUCGUGAUUGAAAAUGAACAGCUUGUGCUGGGAGGAAGUAAACCAGCAGCCAAGAAGUGGGACCAGGAAUGGGACAGCUAUGUUCUCCCUCUGCUGGAGGAUGAUAUGCCAUCCUACCUCCUCUACAGGCUAGACACCACCAAUAAUCAGGGCUACGAGUGGAUCUUCCUGGCGUGGUCACCAGACCACUCACCUGUUCGGCAGAAGAUGCUGUACGCUGCUACGAGGGCCACACUGAAGAAAGAAUUUGGUGGUGGGCACAUAAAAGAGGAGAUUUUUGGCACUGCUAAGGAUGACAUUUCUCUAAACGGGUAUAAAAGGUACCUGACCUCCCUGGCUGCUCCACUCCCACUGACCGCUGCUGAGGAGGAACUGAGGCAAAUCAAACUCAAUGAGGUGCAGACAGACAUCCACGUGGACACAAAGCAGCAGACUCUGCAGGGUGUAGCUUUUCCCAUGCAGAGAGAAGCUAUUCAGGCCCUGGAGCAGUUCAGAGAGAAGAGAGUAAACUAUGUUCAGCUUGAAAUUGAUUUUCCGAGGGAAUCCAUCAAGUUGUCCAGCACAGCUCCGACAGAGUUGAAGGACCUGCCGAAAAGAAUCCCUAAAGAUGCUGCACGCUACCACUUCUUCCUCUACAAACAUACACAUGAAGGAGACUACCUGGAGUCCACAGUGUUUAUCUACUCCAUGCCUGGCUAUAAAUGCAGCAUUCGGGAGAGGAUGUUGUACUCGAGCUGCAAAAACCCCCUCAUAGACACGGUGGAGAAAAAUCUGCACAUUGAAAUUGCCAAAAAGCUGGAGAUUGAUAAUGGUGAAGAACUCACCAGUGAUUUCCUGUAUGAAGAGGUGCACCCCAAGCAGCACGCGCACAAACAAGCUUUUGCCAAGCCCAAGGGUCCAACGGGGAAGAGGGGAGGGCGUAGAAUCACACGUCCUCCAGGAGACGGGGAUGACGAUUAACUCCCUUCUUUGCUCGUUUAGAGUAGCAGUGGUACAGUGAGCCCUUGUUAUAAAUUACCUCCCAGUUUACCUUGAAACCUGUAGCCCACAUCCCCAUAGCUUUAUCUAUGCACAAGGAAAAACACUAAUCUAUGACCGUCUGAAAAGCGUUCAGGUGCAUUUAGGAAUGCUAUCUGUGAUAAUAAUGGUGAGGAACUUAACACUAUUACACUGUUUAGCUGGAAAAUGGACUCGCUUCUUAGACGCAUACUAAACCCAACUUUGGAUUGAAGGCCAGGACUAUUCGUAGGCUGAGUUUAAGUAGCCCCUAUGCAAUUGUUUGACUCAGGAAGGCUGAACGGUCAGCUGUUUUUGUUCCAUUUGUCUGCAUCUUAUUGAUUAACUCGCUUGCUGUUUUAGUCAAAUAUCAGCCGUUGAUUGCUUUUUGCCUAAACAACAACCUUAUGACUCCGAGGUUGAGUUAAUCAAUAGUGUCCUGACAUUUGAAACGUCUGAGCUGUGCAGCCCUCUUGCUUUGGAGUUGGAUCAUUUUAAUGAAGGAGUUGCCGAGUGCAACAAAUGAUGAAGAAAUCGUGAUUUUUUUAUGUGCAUUUAUUUGUAGGUCUUAACUCCUUUUGUGAUUUGUAAUGUAGAGGACUUUGAUAAUAGAGAGGAAUUUUUUCUAAAGGACCCGUUUUGUCUGAGAAAUCUGAAUAAGUGAUGCUCUCAGCAUCGAAAUCUUUUUCACAUUCUUUAAGUGAAACCUAAACUCGUAGAAACACUAUUUUUCUAAGCCUGAACGGCUGAUAUGUCCAGAUCAUGUUGUCUAACACCUCGGAUCAAAUGUGCUCUGUCUUAGUGGCCAUCGCGUUCGUCUCGGAGAAUGUUUCCCAUGUAAAACAGUGGGUUGCUUCCAUUCCCUGACAUUCACUUCCACGUAACAUGCAUUGAGUUUACUCAGCACCUCUGAAGGAACCACUGAAGGAACAGUCCAAUAGUCCAUCCUUAAAGACUGUUUUCUUCCACUUUUCAGAGGAUUUUUUUGUGAAAUGUGUGCUUCUUACACAAGAUGUGCACAGAAAGUGACAUUGCAAAUGCAAACAUUCAAUUAUCAGAGUUCAAAAUGGUCUAAAACCACUGGCAUGUUCAGCAGUCCAAUAUCAUCCUUAUAUCAUUGUCAUUUGAAUCACGAAUAAGUAUCUUCACCAAAAUGUUUUGCAUAAAAUUUUAUUAGCUGUUAGCAUUCUGACUCUGUUAGCUUCACUAAUCUGUGUUCUUCCUCAGAUUUUGGCAUCGUAUUGAAACAAUAGCCCGGCUGUUGGAGAAUAUUGCACUAUACUGUUUGUUAGCUUUUAGAAAAACACAGACUUGUUCUAUGCCAAUGGAAGCCUGGGGGGGAUCACCAAUUUUGCACCAUAUUUGACUUUAGAAAACACACAUUCCACAAAAGCAAUCUUUCUAAAAAAAAAUAUAAAAGUUGCACUACUCCUUUAUAACCUCUCAGAAGGGAAUGGACUACAAAUAGCAGAAUUCAGAGGAGAGCUCCAUCUACUGAACAGGCAAACCACUGUUAACAUUUCUCUUGUACAAGAGUGUUAUGAAGUCUCAGAAUGAAUUGUCAACAUCGUUGUUCAGUGUAAGUCUCUGUGUUUUUUUAACAAAUCAAAAUGUUUGAGAUAGGGAAAUUAAAAUAUUUAAAUUGCA